AUGUUUCUUACCAGCCCACCAAACAGAAUUUUCCAUUAUGAGGUCCUCCAAUGGUCGGCCGUUCAGGCCCGUACCGCCCACCGACUUGAUGCAGAGGCCCAGUUCCCCCCUCCCGGUAUAUCACAUACAGCAGCCGCUCAAAGGUCAGAGGUGAUCAGCUCCAUGUUGGAUUUACGCCGCGAUACGUUUCGGACUUUGGUGACGAAGGCUACUUAUAUGGGACGUUUCGAUCCCUCGAAAGGAGAGAAACACCAUGCAUAUAGGGAUGCUGGAAACAUCUUCUACGAUAUCCCGAAGAAUAAUCCACUGAACAUUCAUUGGGACCCGGCCCCAUCACCAGAAGACGGACCUGCUCUAUCAGCUGGAGCAACCAGAGACAAGUCGCUCCUCCCGGCAGAGAUUGGCGCCAUAAUUGGAGCAUACCUCUUCUGCGCCUGCAUCGUUGGGAUACUUCUCUUUGUCCUUGGCCGCAGACUACGCAUUCGGAUCCAGGCCUCCUCCAGAGCUCUUGAUAUAGAAAUGGUCGAGACCACCUUUCCAAAGACGGCAGAGUUUGAGGCCUCGCCUAUCUCGCCUGGUGCCCAGAGAGGACAGAGGAAUUUUUCGUGGCCCUCCCCAGAGAACGACACGAAGAACCCAUACAUCUUUCCCAGCGUGAACAAAUCGCCUACAACACCCUUGGGUAUCGAAGAUCCGUACGUCGAUACGAGGAUCGUGGAGGCAGACCGUGAGAUGUUGCAACGGGAUUUGGAGGAUAUAUAUGCCCAUGUAAUGGAGCAGGAGGAAGCCAAGGCCAAUGGGGUAAUUUUGAAGGAGAUGCCUCUUCCUCCACAGUUGCAGAAGAUUGGACCAGCACCAAGAAAUCCGCCGGCACGGCACAGCUCAUCUUCUGAGAAAGGUGAGAAAUCUCGCCCUGCGACUCUCGAUAUCGAAGAAGCGAAGUCACAAAAAUCACACUCUCGAACAUCGUCCAUAAUUUCUUCGUUGAAAUCACCCAGACGAAAGGGAAUCAGAGGCAUGCGAAUUUCGUCGCCAAUCUCCCCCCCCAUCUCGGCUACGUCCCCAACAAACAAUGCAUCAGACGAAGAGCCCUUCACGCCACGCUACUACACCCCACCACCACCUCCACCAGUACCCAUAGACCAAGUCCCACAUACUCACUCCCUCAACUUGUCCAUGUCAAGCGGUUCUCCGACUAGCACUCAGGCCGAACAACUAUCGCCCUUCGAACAAGGUCCAAGAUUUGGUCCACGUCAUGGCCCUAAUCCCUACCGAACCUCGGUCCAAAGCCAAGAAUCUGCCAAAUCUCACAGCCGCAACGACCCCGGAUCAGCUACUUCCGCUAAUUCCACCACUCCACUAUUCCUGCCGCCUCCGCCAGCUCGUCAGAUCCAAACUCCCAGCCCACAAUCCAACAGCUCAUCCUCACGUGCUCUCCCAUUCCGUUCUUUUGAGCCAGCCCUUCAAUCUCCGUCUUUCGUUCCUACGACAAAGACUACAGUCCUAGAGCGAAACCUUCCCUCCAAUGGAUUGCACACAGGUGGUCUAAAGACACCCUGGAGUGCUGGAGCUGUGCCGUACAGCCCUUACCAGCCAUUCACGCCCAUGAUACCCAUCACGCCACGCCUAGUGACCAAGGAGGAGCGUAAGGCGAAGAAGAAGAUUGAGGGUCGGACGCCGGUAUCGGAACUGAUCAAGAGCGAGGACGAUCUUUGGGAUUCGGGUUACUAG